AUGGAUCGCUCAGACAUUGAAUUCAAAACCAUCGACCAUGUCACUCUACGUGGCUGGGUUUUCAAGCCAGCCAACGCACCAGGCAAAUGCCCUUGUCUGGUCAUGUCCCCUGGGCUAGCUUGCCUUAAGGAGAUGCACCUGGAUACCUUGGCCGAACGCCUGACGUCCGCGCUCCCGAUCGCAUGUUUGGUGUACGACCAUAGGGGCUAUGGUGCUAGUGAUCAGAAGGUCGAUGAACCUCGCAAUGAGAUUGUCCCGACAUAUCAGAUUAGCGAUCUACAGGAUGCAAUCACCUAUGUCCAAUCCAGGGAGGAUAUCGAUGCGGCAAAGAUUGGUGUUUGGGGCUACUCUUACAGCGGCGGCCACGCACUCUGGGUUGGUGCCAUUGAUCGUCGUGUCAAGACAGUGAUAGCUUUGGCACCAUUUACCACAGGGGAUAUUCUUUCAACCAACAUGAGGACAGACUUUGAGGACUCCAUGGUCGAAAUGCUAGCUCAAGGUAUGGAGUUUAUACUCAAUCGACCUCACAGACUGAUGCUCUGCANNGAACGACUGUCACGAGCAGCUGGCAAUGAGCCUGGAAGAAUACCUGUUGUGGUCGAGAAUCCACUCGACGUAGCCGCAUUACCACAUGCCGAAAGCUACUCCUUCUUUUCUCCUUGGGCUGAGAAGAUUAGCUGGAAGAACGAUCUGACCAUCAGGAGGCAAGUAACGACAUUGUGGCAAAGUACUCUACUGACCACAAACCAUAGCUUCGAGGCUGUCAAAACAUACUUCCCUGCAUGCCGAAUUCACAAAAUCGGACCUACGCCACUGUUGAUGCAAGUGCCAAAGAAAGAUGUCGUCACGGUCACCGAGUUGAUGCUCGAAGCAUACAGCCGUGCGGCAGAGCCGAAAGAGAUACAGAUGUUGCCAGGUGGUCACUUUAGCAUGUUUGAGGGUGUUGAGUUUGAGAUGAUGCUGGCUAAGAACAUUGAGUUCUUGAAGGAAACGCUGCUCGAGUAA